AUGAAUGGAAGUAAAACUAGGAUUAAUUAAGAGCCAGUAGAGUAUUAUGUGUAGGAUUGCAAUGACACAAAUCCCCUAGAAUCAGAAUUUUUCUUAAGAACUUUAGGUUGUGGUGAUAGAGAACAAAUUGAGCCAUCCACUCUGACAGGAAGUGGGAUACCUAUGAUUGACAUCAAUGAAGAGCAUGAAGAUGGCAUUUUUUCUUCUGAUGAGGAUAGUUAAGGGGAUGUUGAUUACUUUUACUAGGUCAAAAGCAGUAACUUCUCUCAACUUAUUAACCAGUAGGUUCAAGAUACUGAAUAACAAAAGGUUGAAAAAAGGUAAAGCUUCAAUGAUGAAUAAUUAAAUGGUUCUUUAAAAAAGAUUCAGAUUGAUGAAGUUAUCAAUAGUAUAGAAAAUAAUGAUUUAAAUUCAGAAGAUCUGGUCAAGCAAGAAAGCAUGUAUUUCCUCCAAAAUGACAAUUAGGCUCAAGGAGAUGACCUAUUUUUCUUGGAAAAAGAACUUGUUGAUGCAAAGGCCGAAAAAGAAGGGACUCCUCGUUUUGGAGACUAAACUAAAUUUAAAAACCUAAAAUUCGUCUUUAGAAAUGAAUAAUAACGUCAGAAAUUUUUAAAAGAUUAUGAGUAGGCAUAAAAUAUUUGGUAUCAGCUGUAAGAUACAAGAAAGUGCUAAUCCUAUAUUAAAAAAAGUAAAAUUUGCAGAUAUCUCUAUGAAAAUCUAGGGCCUCUUUAGCUUUAAAGCCCUAGCACUAAAUAAUCAAAUGAUGAUUUUGAGUCUACCUAGGAAUCUGUAGUUAAUAGGCAAACAAUCGUAAUAUGUGACUUACACAAACUUCUGAUAUAUAUUAGAAAGUCAUCUCACACAAACCAAGAUAUAUUAAUUAAGACAAAAAGUAAUGGGAUAUCUGUAAAGUUCUUUGUUUCUGUUAGAAGAGGAACAAUCCAAGCACUUUUGAAGUUAAGACAAAAAUUUGAUGUGGUUAUUUAUUCAUCCUUGGAUAAAGAAAUGGGAGAUGCAAUAAUAGAUCAUUUAGAAUAAGAAUUAGCGGGAGGGAAGAAGUUAUUUGAUCAGAGAUUUCACUCUCAAGAUUCUGAUUCAAUUACUUGUAAGCAAUUAGGCUUUGUAGAGCAUAAGUAGAAAUCACUAGAGUUAAUUAUACUUUCUUAGCACAGCUAAGCUUUGUAGUUUCAAUAAUCAACAUUUAAGACUAAUCCUUAAAACUAUGCAUUUAAUUCGUUUUAGCUUCAGUAGUACAGAUCUGAAAGGAAUGUUAUACUUGUGUCUUAAAACUUGAAAGAUGUAGUAUCUCAAAUGUAAAAUGUAAUACCCAUCAAGCAGUAUGAUGGGAAAAAGUCUAAGAAUAGUACCAUCAUGAACUUAGUAUUGUACUUAUAUAAACGACUACUAGGCGUUCCAGAUGUAAGAGAGAUAAUCAAGACAGAUUUUCACUCACUUACUAAUAAGCUAUAAAUAAACUAAUGA